GCCAGCUGGAGGGAAGGGAGCACAAGGGGAUCCUCUCCUCCACCCUGGCCAUCCCUCCUCCAAAUGAUCUGUUCUCCCCUCGGAUCUAGCACCGACUCACCGACCUGCCCGACUCCUCCGCUGCCCAGCCUAGCGCCCAGCCACCCCCUGCGCCAGGCCAACCGACUGAUUCAUCAGGGUGCUGAAAAUGCUGACUGCACACACUGGACACUUGCUGCACCCGGAGUACCUGCAGCCGCUCUCCUCCACGCCUGUCAGUCCCAUAUAGAGUUGGACGCCAAGAAGAGCCCGUUGGCCCUGCUGGCUCAGACCUGCUCUCAGAUCGGAAAGCCUGACCCCCCUCCUUCGUCGAAGCUGAACUCGGUGACGUCCAGCAGCCACAGCGAAAAGGAAAGCAGCCGCAGCAGCUCUUCGCUGAAACUGGGAGAGUCUCCUCUGGAGGACAAGUCGAGCUUCAAGCCGUAUUCCAAGGGAGGAGAGCCGAGAAAGGAAAGCGGAUCUUCGAAUGGUGGCGCCGCGGACAAGGCAGGAUUUCGGGUGCCUAGCGGUUCUUGCCAAGCCUUUCCUCCGCACGCGGCGUCUCCGUCCUCCAGGGUGAGCUCCCCCGGGCAGCUCUGUGAUUCUAAAAGUGUGGACGGGCAAGAGAAAAAAGAGCCCGAGGCCAUCAAAGUUAGUGCUGAGGUUUCUCAAGCCAACCCCACCCUUACCAGAGCCAGCACCAGCAACUCCAGCGCCGAGUCCAGCCAAAGCGGGGACAUUACCCCCAGCGGCAAAUCCGAGCCGCAAUCGCUGGGACCUGGCCACGUGGCCCCGGUGUCUCCUUACAAACCGGGACACUCAGUCUUUCCUCUUCCACCGUCUGGCAUUGGAUAUCAUGGAUCCAUAGUGGGGGCCUAUGCCGGGUACCCUUCACAGUUUGUCCCCGGGUUGGAUCACACCAAAACAAGCCUGGUUGGUAAUCAGCUACCUGGGACUUUAGGUUUGCCGGGGAAACCACCCAGCUCCAGUCCUCUGACCGGAGCCUCUCCUCCGUCUUUCAUGCAAGGAUUAUGCAGGGACCCCUAUUGUCUGAGCUACCACAAUGCCUCGCACCUCGGUACUAGCAGCUGCUCCACCUGUGUGCAUGACCCAUCCGCCCUGAAGUCUGGAUACCCUCUGGUCUACCCCAGCCACCCUCUUCAUUCGGUGCACACCACGUUGUCUUCCAGCGUCACCCCGUCCUUGCCUGGCCAUCCUCUGUACACCUACGGCUUUAUGCUCCCCAACGACCCGGUCCCUCACAUAUGCAACUGGGUGUCUGCCAGCGGACCUUGCGACAAAAGAUUUUCCACGUCAGAGGAACUCCUUGCCCACUUGCGGACUCACACGGCCUUGCCCGGGGCCGACAAACUUUUGGCUGGUUACCCUACAUCUGGUUUGGGGUCUGCUGCUUCCUGCCACCUCCAUCUCCCUCCAACAGGGCCUGGAAGUCCUAACACACUGCCAGGGUCCCUGUCCUUAAGGAGUCCACACACCUUGGGACUUAACAGGUACCACCCGUAUGGAAAAAGCCCCCUAACGCCCAGUGGUCUCCCGGUGCCCUCCUUACCGGCAGGAUCUUACUAUUCGCCGUACGCUCUCUACGGACAGAGGUUAACGUCAGCUUCAGCGCUAGGAUACCAGUAA